UAGAUGUCUAUGGAGCAGACAGUAAAAACAUGGAGUCUACAUGGUAGAACCAAAACGUAGAUGUAGCGAAUAGCUUACGGUGCGGGAUUGUUCGAAUAUGCAAGUGUAAUUUCAUGUUGUAUGUCCACCUCUAAUAAAUUCAGGAGGCCUACGCUACCUCAAAAUGACAGCGUCGUUGUCAUCUUGGCCGGAGAAAAUGCUGCAACUGCUUCGCCGAAUGAACAACUUUUACUUGCCAGGAUCUACUUUGAACAGCUGUAUGCGAUUUGAAGUGGAAGGGGAGCAAGUCGGGUGGCUGCAGCCGAAAAUAGCUUCCAUCUUGAGCCGUUUUCCCGAUGUGUUUACAUCUCACAGUGGCGCUAUCGCUAUUCACUCCUCUCUCGACUCAUACGCAAAGAGGUCAGAGGCCAUUGACCAGGUUUUGCAAAAACUGAGGAAAGAUGAGUCACUUACAUGCCUGAAAGGCUGGAGAAACGAGAAAUAUUCUGUCAUGCCGAGAUUCUGUGACACUCCUCUGAUGUGCAUGGAGAGGUCAGCCACAAGUCUGUUUGGAGUGAAGCGCUAUGGGGUUCACCUCAAUGGAUACAGUUGGGAUGACAGUGGAAGGCUCUGCAUGUGGUUAGGCCGGCGCUCACCAACAAAGCAAACAUACCCAGGGAGACUGGAUAACCUGGCGGCAGGAGGCCUGGCUGCAGACUGUGGAGUCAAACAUACGAUGGUCAAGGAGUGUGAAGAGGAGGCUUGCAUCCCAGCAAGCAUUGCAGAGAAAGCAUGCCCUGUUGGCACUGUGAGCUAUACCUAUGAGGACCAUGAAGGUGUGUUUCCGGAGUGCCAGUUUGUGUUUGACCUGGAGCUUCCUCUAGACUUCAAGCCUCAGAUCGGGGAUGGGGAAGUGCAAAAUUUCUACUUCUACCCCAUAGAGAAGGUUAAAGAGCUUCUGGUCACUGAUGAAUUCAAGCCAAACUGUGCCAUGGUGGUACUUGACUUUCUGAUCAGACACUCCAUCAUACAGCCAGAUACAGAGCCUUACUACCACGAGUUUGUCGCUGGAUUGCACAGGACGGUGUGAAACCAGACAAGACUCCACAUUAGGGAUUCUAAGUCCCCAUACAGAUUCCUUCAUCUGUACAAUAACUGGAGUGUGUAUUUUCGGUGGUCUAAUCAGCCUUUUGAACCAAGCCAGUUUCUGGUUAUAAUUAAAACAAUGUUCACUUUAUCAA